UUAUCUGCCUCUCAUUUCCAUCCUAUAUACAUGCGCAACCCUUUCACACUCUCUGUCGUCGAACCCUCAUUUCCAUUCUUCUUCGUGCGAUCCGUUCUCGUUGAUCUCCGUGUUCAGUCUCGCCAAGCGAUUGUGUGCCCUCCUCAAUUGAACCUCGAUCCGUUUCGGCUGAUUCCGUCUAUUCAUUCUCUGUAAUUAGCGAUGGAGGAGGAACUUACGCUCACAGGCCUGUUGAAGAAGGCCGCGUCGGAUUUCCCUGAUAGGAGAGCCGUCUCCGCCCGCGGCGAGUUUGAGUUCGACCUGACGCAUGCUUGGCUGCAGGAGCUCGUCGAUCACGCUACCGCGCUCCUUGCUGCCUACGACAUCGGCCCCAGCGAUGUCGUCGCACUCGCUUUCCCCAACACCGUCGAGUUUGUGAUACUGUUUCUGGCGGUAAUCCGUUGCCGAGCCGCAGCGGCUCCGCUCGACCCGGCCUACAAGGCUGCGGAGUUUGGGUACUACCUUUCCCACUUGCAAUCGAAGCUCCUAUUGACACCAAAUGAAGGAAACCGACUGGCUCAUUCCGCUGCUUCCAAGCUUAACACCCCCCACCUAACCGCCAAACUUCACUCUGCCGAUUCCAAAAUCGCUCUCUCUUCGACUGACAUAGAGCCAGAUCUCGACUUGAUGUCCAAAGUCAUCAAUGAUCCCUCGGAUGUAGCUCUCUACUUGUACGACUGUGACAUCCCAGGUCACAAUUUCUUGGAGUUAGCUCUGUACUUGCACAACCGCAACAUCCCAGCUUUCCGCCAACGCGUGCAGUUUACUCAAAAGGAAUUGUCUACAGUUCUGUCUAAAAAGCGUAAAUACGCGAAGUCUCCUUAUUCUGCUGUGAAUCCUGUGAUUAAGGAUCCAUUGCUCCAUUAUCGACGUAUAGUCCUUGACUUGUUGAGCUCUUUAGCUGCCGGGACCGCUGUGGCCCUCCCAGCAGCCACGGCGGCUGCCAGGUCCUCAGUAUCGAGAUUUUUGGAUAAAAUGAUGUCAGGCAAUGCCACGCGUCACACGGCAGUUGUUGGUCCUGGUGUACGUUACAGGCCAGAAGUUGCCCGUCCAGAUUUGCCGGAGGGAAAUAAUGCACCUACGACAACCGACGAGAACAAAACCGAGACCGAGAGAGGUGGAGAAGAACCGACAUUAACGGAAGAGUUGGCAAACCUGGGUGGGACCAAGAAGUUCUCCUAUGAAGAGUUGAGGAUCGCGACCAAUUAUUUUGCAAGUGACCAGAAAUUGGGAGAAGGAGGUUUCGGGAUCGUGUACAAAGGCCACAUAGGAGAAGAUCGCACACCGGUCGCUGUGAAGAAAAUAACAUCUGGUGCACGCCAAGGGAUAACGGAGUAUAAAUCCGAGGUGAAAUCGUUGAGCCAACUUAGGCACAGGAACUUGGUGCGACUUUUAGGCUGUUGUCACGAGGCGAAUAAAUUCGUCUUGGUUUACGAAUUCGUUGGAGGAGGUAGUUUGUACUAUCAUCUAUUUGAAGGCGGACCCUUGUUGACAUGGACAAGGAGGUACAACAUUGCUCAGGGAUUAGCCUCGGCGCUGUACUACUUGCAAAAACAAGGUCAUCAAUGCGUGAUCCACAGGGAUAUCAAAUCCAACAACGUCAUGCUCGACGAAAAGUUCGAGGCCAAAUUGGGAGAUUUCGGCUUGGCUAAGCUAGUCGACCACACCAGAGACCCAAGCACAACCCUAGUGAAAGGAACGUUGGGUUACUUGGCUCCGGAAUACUUUCGAACGGGCAAGGCAAGUAAGGAAUCUGACAUCUACGGUUUCGGAGUGGUCCUUUUGGAAAUAUUUUGCGGGAGAAGAGCCUCCGACUCAGAACUGGCAGAACAAGGCGGCCUUGUUCAUUGGGCUUGGAAGCGUUGUGGGUGCGGGAGUAGGCAGGGGGGGUGGUUCCAGAAUUUUCAACUUCCGGUGGACGAGAAGCUCGGCAACGAUUUCGACAAGAAACAGGCGGAGGCCUUGAUGAUUCUGGGGCUGUUGUGUGCUCAUCCCAUCGCCAGUUCUCGGCCUUCAAUUGAAAAGGUAAUGGCUGUUUUGAACUUGACGGCAGAGCCUCCCAAACUCCCCUCAAAGAUGCCGAGUUUCAACGUAUAAUUGAGCCAAAGUUCUCGUCUAGAUGCGUUUGGCUUAGUAGCUUAUUUCGGUAAUUGCUUAUUUUGCUUACGCACUUCAUUUCCGUUCAUAAGAGUGACAUUCCGAUUGUAACUCGAGAUCCCUCUCGAAAUGACAUUGCUUGGCAUGAUCCAAUCUGAAUAAAUAUUUUAAGUACCGUACGACAUUAUUAUCAGUAAUAAAUGAGAAAGGCA